GCCUUAGAUCGAUAGAAAAUUAUAUUCUGAACAAAAUAAGACAUCCGCUAGCCUACCCAGGUUUUGAUCUUGAGAAAUCUUCGAAAUACACAAAAAUUUCUUUUCAUAAAAAUUUUCGAAUUUGAUAUUUUAGUUUCCUGCCUAUUUCUGCUGACCAGAAAGUACUAGAAGAUUCGAAGAUGUCUUAUUUUGUUCAGAAUUUGAUUUUCUAUCGAUCUAAGGUACUUUCAAAAAGACUCGUUUCUGAGGUGGGUUUUCUGGAAACGCGGUCUCUAGAAAACCUCUUGGAAGGUUUUCAACUUUUCAAGAAUGUUUUCAUCAGAUUUGCCAUCGCAUUGUACCUAGAAGCGCACAAUUUCAUACAUUUCUGAUGAAAAAUGAUUGAGUUAUUGAGAAAUCAGACGAGCGAUUUCACGCAAAAUUGGCCUAUCUUCAAUAAAAGUCAAAUAUCUCGAGAUCGAAAAGGACUUUCAAAAACGUGCACGUAUACUUUUGAAGAGGAACAACCAACGGAUGGAGCAUGCAAAAAUAUUGGCUUUAGCACCUCUGAAAGAGCCUGAGAUAGGUUUGCAAAAGCGAGAUUUUUGAGCCUUAUCUGUUUCGGGCGCUGUCAAAAACCCACUUUUCAGUCUGAAACCUCGGGACUUACUUUUCUAGAUUCAGCUUUCAACGCUGAAUCUAAAACGUUUUAGCGCGAACGUCGAAACCAAAACGUGAAAAAGCUACGGCUGUUUUUCUGAAGUUUCGGACACCUUUGGAAUUUUUUCAAUUUUUCGUCCUGAAAAACUUCUUUCAAAACAUCGGAGCACUUAUAUUCGUGAUCAGCGUCGAAUUCUCUAUCGAACUGUGUAUUAAACAGGCACUUCUAUUUUUUACUGUAACCUUGCAUGCCGUGCAUCUUACAGCUAUAUAACCAUAAUAUUUCGCUUCUUAUAUAAAUAAUAUUUAUACCUGAGCGACAUUCUCUACAAGAUGGCUACUGAAGAAGAUCAGACAGACAUUAAAGUUGAUAAAUUGACAUUAGAAGAUGUAAUUCAGUCCUGUGGUGAGUUCAAUCGUUUCCAGUAUAUAAAUUAUUUCUUCCUUAACUUUAUACCAGUAGUAAGUGGAAUGAUCACCUAUUACUAUGUAUACGGUGUGGCUGACAUACAUUAUCAGUGUCGUCAAUCAUCAGUGGACAAUAGUACCCAAAAUCCAGAUCAGUGUCAAUGUCCUCUGAAACAAUGGACUUACGAUCGAUCAAUAUUUGGCCAUACAUUUACAGAAGAUGGAAAUUUUAUAUGUAGUCGACGUUUUUUGAAAUCAUGGGUGGCUACUGUUUAUCAAAUAGGUGGUAUAACUGUACUUAUCACUGGACGAUUUAGUGAUAAAAUUGGACGACGGAAAAUGAUACAAAUAUUAACUAUCGGUUUAUUAUUGACAACAUCAGUAACUCAACUCGUCAUGCAGUUUGCACCACUCAACUUUAAUGUGAUAUUUGGACUUUUAUUGUUAAAUCAAUUUCUGUCAGCUAUCGAUACGUUUUCACUAGUCUUUCUCCUUCUUAUGGAAUUAACAACCUCCAGACAUACAUCCUUGGCUGGUAAUUUAGCCAUGGUAUCAUUUAGCGUUGGAGAAAUGGUAGUAACUUUAUUUGCUUAUGUAUCUCGACAUUGGUUACUAUUGAAAUGGUUAAUAACAUCACUAAUUGCUUUGAGUAUACCAUAUCUCUAUUUUGUACCCGAAUCACCAUAUUGGCUUUAUUCGAACCACAUAUACAUUCAACUAGAACAUCAAUUACGUCGUAUAGCACAAAUGAAUCAUCGACCAGAAUUAGUAUGGUUUAAUCAAUAUCAAAAACUGAUUGCAAAACCAAGACCGUUAAUAACCAUUCGUACUGUUACUAAACGAUCGAUACUAAAGUAUUUACCAAAAAUAUUUUUGAGUUGCUUCAUUGGGGUAUUAGCCAUGGCAUUGUAUAUUAAAAUUAGUUAUGGUCUAAGUGCAAUGGAUUCAAUAAAUCCGUAUGUGAAUAUUGUUAUUGGUGCGAUUGUUGAAUCCAUUGGGUAUAUUUCGUCAAGUAUCAUGAUUACUACCGUAGCUGGAAGAAAAUAUUCAUUAAUUCUGUACACACUCAUCACGGCUAUAUGUGUAGUCAUUUUACCGUUUCUUUCAUUAAAACAUUCGUCAUUAUUGACAGUUAUGCUUAUUAUUGUAGCCCAACUAGGUAAAUUGACUAUUAGUGGUGCCUUAUCAAUAUCUUGGAUCUAUGUACCUGAAUUAUUUCCAGUUGGUAUUCGGGCGACGGUUAAUGGAUUGUUUGUCUUUUUUACUCGAUUUGGGGCAAUUGCUGCCCCUAUCAUUGAUACAUCACUUUCUGAGAAAUAUUUAUCAAUUACCACUUAUAUUUAUGCCGCGUUAGCAAUAUUAAUGAUCUUGUUGAUAUUUGUCUUUUUACCGGAGACAAGAAAUCGUUCAUUCGAAGAUGAUUUUCCAAUAAAAAGGUCUUCAAUGACACCCGUCAGUGUGCAACAGACAACGGAAUAUGACAUAUGUAGCUAG